AUGUCGGCCGCCGAACAUAUGACACCUGAAGCAAAAGCACGUCGAUUUGCUGCCAUUGAUGACGCUGUCGAGGACCUUUCUAAAGAUGAAGGUGAUCGCGGGAACUUCAAUCGCGAGGAAAGCACGACCGACGAUGAAUACACCACUCCAGAUGCCAAACGGACGCGUUUUUCCGUCAAGAAGGAAGGAGAAGAAGGAAAUCCUAGACCAGGAACAACUAGCACGCCUCCGCGCCGAUCAAGAUCUUCUGUGACUCUGCCAACGCCCGUACAGACUUCUGAACGUGAAGGCACAACAGCGUCACAAGGAGUAUUUAGUGGCGAACUUCCACCAUCUCCAACGUCCUUCACGAAAGGCGCACAACGUGCAAUGGAUAGAGCUCGUGCCCAGUCUUCCGCUUCCGGUUCAGGCUUGCAAGCUGGCAAGGGAAAGGCUCCUGCUACAACAAAUGACGAGGCGAAUGUGGAACCAAGGACUGAGGAAACGAAUGCCUCGAUCCCUGGUCCAUCCAGUAACGAGCCCAAUGGACAGCAAGAACAUGACGGACCUGAUGACGUGCAGAUGCAAGAGCAGGAGCAAGGUCGGGAAGAGAGUUUCCCUUCACAACUUGCAUCGACGAUUCAAAGGUCGGCUGCGGACAUGCAAACGGUCGCAUCGAACCUGCGCAACAGAAACUCAAGAGCUUCACCGGGCACACAUUCCGCGGCUGCGACCACGAUAUUCAACUCGAUGUCGACAAUCUCCGCGCAGCAGACGUCCUUGUAUAGCGCUGUGCACGACCUACUUGCCGAGUCCGAGCGCCUGCGCCGUAGGGUGAAUACUGCGGAGAGAAACUUGGCUUACAAGGACACGCAGAUUGCCAGGCUCCAGGAGGAGAAUGCAGAACUGAAAACAAGGAAUACCGAGUUGGAGGCAGUACGAGAACAGAUUCAUACAAUUGCCAAACUCACGCCUCCAAGGUCCGGGACCACCACUCAAGACUAA